GGACUUCCUCCGGAAGACGCGGCGGUCUGGGAACUCUCAGAGGCGGGGUCCGGCCGCUUUUUGGCCUGCAGGCUCUGGGCUGCGGGUGUGCGUGCGCGGGUGACGAUGGCGUGUGCUGCCGCGCGUUCCCCGGCCGACCAGGACAGGUUCAUUUGUAUCUAUCCUGCUUAUUUAAAUAAUAAGAAGACUAUCGCGGAGGGGAGGCGAAUCCCCAUAAGUAAGGCUGUUGAAAAUCCUACAGCUACAGAGAUUCAAGAUGUAUGCUCAGCAGUUGGACUUAAUGUGUUGCUUGAGAAAAAUAAAAUGUACUCUAGAGAAUGGAAUCGUGAUGUUCAAUACAGGGGCAGAGUCCGGGUCCAGCUCAAACAGGAAGAUGGCAGCCUCUGUCUUGUACAGUUCCCGUCACGUAAGUCAGUAAUGUUGUAUGCUGCGGAAAUGAUACCUAAACUAAAAACAAGGACACAGAAAACAGGAGGUGCUGACCAAAGUCUUCAGCAAGGAGAGGGUAGUAAAAAAGGUAAAGGAAAGAAGAAGAAGUGACCUGGUGUGAGAGUCAAGUCUGUGACGCUGCUGGUCAGAGACAUGAAUGGAAGCUUCUAAUUACACCGGAGAGAAACGGAAGCUUUUUGUUUGCAUCAUGUAACUGAACUCUGAACAUUUGUGCCUCCCAGCUUCAGUAUCAGACUUGACAAUCAAACAAAUUUACAUCAGAAGUUUGCAUCUAGCUCUUAUGCAGUAUAAAAGAAAAUUUUUUUUUGCCUUUCAACAGUUUUUGUGAAGAAUGAAGCAAAUUUUUUAAUGGACACUGGACUCUAGCAUAAGUUACUUGGAAUCCUGUGUCUGUUGGUCCUCUAUAUAACAUGUCUCAGAUAAAUGAGUUUAAUAAGAUUUGAAAUACAAUUUUGUUCACCUUUUAAGUUAAUGAAAUAAAAUUUGCAAAUGGG